UUACGUUAUUGACAUGUGGGCAAACUUCAAAGAAAUUUUUAGUUUGCAGCUUUGUAGCUUGGUUUAUAAUUUAUUGUGAACCUGAAGCUCAAACAUCACAUCUUAUCAUGUCAGAGACAGAGAAAGUACAAUCUCCAUUUGGCGACAGCAUUGACUCUGGGACCCAUGACUCAUACAGCAUGGAGAAAGCUCCCAAUGAAAUGGUUGAUGCAGAAGUGCUAGUCAUACAGACCACCUCCUCUGGCCUAGUGAAGAAGGAGAGGCACCUCAGCAGCAGCAGCUCUUCAAAACGACCCAGUUUGAGCAAGGAAGACUAUUAUUGUGGAGUGGGGAGAUGCAGACCCAAAUGGAUGCAGAUGUUCAUGGAUGCGAGGUUCUUCACCUUCCUGCUGUGCCUCAACUGCUUCAUAGAGGGAGCUCUCGUGUCUGGAUUCACCUCGGUGGUUUUGUCCUCCAUUGAGAGGCGCUAUGGAUUCUCGAGUACAGCUGCCGGAGCUAUUGCUGCUACCUUUGAUGCUUCUGUUCUUGUCUCUGUCCUAUUCAUCAGCUACUUUGGAGGCAGAGGCCACAAGCCCAGGUGGCUGGGUGUGAGUCUCAUCAUACAAGGAGUAGGUGCCUUUGUGUUUGCAUUACCUCAGUUUGUAUUUGGCGAGUACACGGCUGGUGCUGCAUUGACGGAACAGUUUGAAUCAUGUGCAGCUGACAAUGCUGAUCUCUCCUCAGAUUGCGAGGGGGGCAAUAACUUUGCUCUGGCUUUUUUCAUAAUCGGAAACAUUCUAAUUGGAAUAGGGGCAGCCCCCUUGUUUACAAUCGGUACCUCUUAUCUGGAUGACAUAGUGUCACCGAAACACGUUUCUGUUCAUAUUGGAAUAUUCUACAUGGUGACUGUGAUUGGGCCUGCUCUCGGCUAUGGACUAGGUGGAGCCUUCCUGUCCGUGUUUGUUGAUCCGUGGGUAGAGACCAGGCUUGAACCCUCUGACCCCGGCUGGGUGGGUGCUUGGUGGCUAGCGUUUAUUUUCUCUGGAAUAAUGUCAUGGCUUAUUUCUAUUCCGUUCUUUAUGUUUCCACGCUUACUGCCUGACAGUCACCUGGUAAAGCAAGAACGACAACAAGAAAUGGCCCAAAAGUACCAAGGGAAAUUUGGAGAAGCAGAAGAAUUUACUGGCAAACUGAAAUCGUUUCCUUACCACCUCAAGCAAGUGAUCACCACUCCUAGUUGGAUCUUCAUUACGAUUGCCAUUAGCAGUUCGUUGAUUGUUGUCGCGGGAAUGGUGUCUUUUGCCCCCAAGUAUCUCGAGUCUCAGUUUGGCCUCACUGCCUUUACAGCCAGCAUCGUCGCUGGAGCAGUAGCCAUACCAGCUGGUGGAGCGGGAGUCAUCACAGGUGCACUGAUUGUCUAUUUCAGUAAGGCCACAGGGCGUAAAGUGGGUCUCAUCACGUGGAUCAUCACCUUGAUCACCAUACCGUCCACACUUGUGUUCCUAGUGCAUUGUCCCACUGUGCAGCUGGCAGGAGUCACUGCCCCUUAUUCUGACGGGCUGAUUGGAGGCGGUGAUACUCGCUUCCUCAACGCUACUUGUGUAUCGAAUUGCAAUUGUUCCUCCACCAUCUUUGAGCCAGUCUGUGGAGCUGAUGGUCUCACCUACUUCUCACCAUGCAGAGCUUCUUGUCAGAAGAGUGUUACCACUAUAAACGGGGUACAAACCAAUGUGUUUGAGAACUGCUCGUGUGUAUCUGGCAAUCUAGCGUCUCAGCUGUUCAACACGACACCACACAUGGCCUCCAGUCUCAAUCAACUGACCUUUGACCUGUUAUCAAACAGCACAGCGGUGGAGGGCAGGUGUGAUCAAGGCUGCAACCUGAUUGGUCCGUUUCUGGUCGUCAUUGCCGUGGCUCUCUUCCUGAUAUUCAUGCUCCAAGUUCCCUAUGUCAUCAUCACUGUGAGGUGUGUAGCUGAUGAACAACGUACGCUGGCUCUCGGUCUUCAGUCCCUCGUUUUUCGAGCAUUUGGUUCCAUCCCCGGUCCCAUUGUGUUUGGUGCCAUCUUCGACUCUGCCUGCAUCUUUUGGCAAUACGAUUGUAGUCGCCAGGGCAGCUGCUGGGUGUAUGACAACUCCUCUCUGAGUGAGCGGGCUGUCCUACUAGCAGUCAUGGGUGUCACGUUGAACUUCAUAUUCUCAUUCCUAAGUUGGAUUGUCUACCCUAAACAAACACAAAGUGAAAAAGAAGCAACAGAUAUUGCACUGGCGAGCAUUCACGAAACCACACCCCAAGACAAUUCUAAUCAGGUAGAAUCAGGAGGUGACUCGGAAUCACUCGAAUCGAGCGACUCGUAUAUUAUACAAGGACCACAAAGUCCCCCCAAGAGACGCACUUCGAACCGCUUUGAGAGUCACUGCAGUGAGGAUAUUUUGCUGGACCACGAUCACACGGAGAUUGAUGAGGGAGUGGUUUUCCCUGACCUACACAAUAUGAGAGCUCGGAGUGUCGAGACAGAGGUCUCUAGUCCGACGAUGAUUGUGCAACCACCAAUCUAAUCUAACUAACUAACUAACUAACUAACAUAAUUAAUUAUCAAUGCAUAAAACUAUAUUAUAGUUAUAAUUAACUGUCUUGCACCUGUUCUAUAUAUAUAGCUCCCAGUAUUUUCCUGUGCUCACUUUUGUUUUGUUUUUACAAUGCAGUUUGACAUAAUUACAGUCAUGUAUCAA